CCUGUGGGAUGGAAGGGCGGAGGGCGGGUGUAUGCCGUGCUUCGGCGUAUGGGAACUACAAUUCCCAGAAGACUGUGCGGCGAGAGCCUCGGGCGGCCUGCUGAGGGGGCUCUUCUAGCUUCACCGCCGUGGGGUCUGACCUGGCUCGGGUAGUGUCCCGGCCUCGCGGGAGGGGCAGCCCGGUCCGGGUCGCACCUCCUGGAGCCAUCCCCGGGACGUCAGUCCUGGAGGAGGCGAGGGUUGCUCCAGUUGCUAAGAAGACUAUGAACAAGUCAGAGAACCUGCUCUUUGCUGGUUCUUCAUUAGCAUCACAGAUCCAUGCUGCUGCCAUUAAUGGAGAUAAGGGUGCUCUUCAGAGGCUCAUUGUAGGAAAUUCUGCUCUUAAAGACAAAGAAGAUCAAUUUGGGAGAACACCACUUAUGUAUUGCGUGUUGGCUGACAGAUUGGAUUGUGCAGAUGCUCUCCUGAAGGCAGGAGCAGAUGUGAAUAAAACCGAUCAUAGCCAGAGAACAGCCCUCCAUCUUGCAGCUCAGAAGGGAAAUUAUCGUUUCAUGAAACUCUUACUUACACGCAGAGCAAACUGGAUGCAAAAGGAUCUAGAAGAGAUGACUCCUUUGCACCUGACCACUAGGCACAAGAGCCCUAAGUGUUUGGCACUUCUGCUGAAGUUUAUGGCACCUGGAGAAGUGGAUACACAGGAUAAAAACAAGCAAACAGCUCUUCAUUGGAGUGCCUACUACAAUAACCCUGAGCACGUGAAGCUGCUCAUCAAGCAUGAUUCUAACAUUGGGAUUCCUGAUGUUGAAGGCAAGAUCCCACUUCACUGGGCAGCCAACCAUAAAGAUCCAAGUGCUGUUCAUACAGUCAGAUGCAUUCUGGAUGCUGCUCCAACAGAGUCUUUACUGAACUGGCAAGACUACGAGGGUCGAACUCCUCUUCACUUUGCAGUUGCUGAUGGGAAUGUGACUGUGGUUGAUGUCUUGACCUCGUAUGAAAGCUGCAAUAUAACAUCUUAUGAUAACUUAUUUCGAACCCCACUGCACUGGGCAGCUUUAUUAGGCCACGCACAGAUUGUCCAUCUCCUUUUAGAAAGAAAUAAGUCUGGAACUAUCCCAUCUGACAGCCAAGGAGCCACACCUUUGCACUAUGCAGCUCAGAGUAACUUUGCUGAUACAGUUAAAGUGUUCUUAAAACAUCCUUCAGUGAAAGAUGAUUUGGACUUGGAAGGAAGAACAUCCUUUAUGUGGGCAGCUGGCAAAGGCAGUGAUGACGUCCUUAAGACUAUGCUGAGCUUAAAAUCGGACAUUGAUAUUAACAUGGCUGACAAAUAUGGAGGGACAGCUUUGCAUGCUGCGGCCCUUUCUGGCCAUGUCAGCACUGUGAAGUUAUUACUGGAAAAUAACGCUCAAGUAGAUGCUACCGAUGUUAUGAAACAUACUCCACUUUUCCGAGCCUGUGAGAUGGGACACAAAGAUGUGAUUCAGACACUCAUUAAAGGUGGAGCAAGGGUAGAUCUAGUUGACCAAGAUGGACAUUCUCUUCUACAUUGGGCAGCACUGGGAGGAAAUGCUGAUGUUUGCCAGAUAUUAAUAGAAAAUAAGAUCAAUCCAAAUGUCCAGGAUUAUGCAGGAAGAACCCCUUUGCAGUGUGCUGCCUAUGGAGGCUAUAUCAACUGCAUGGCAGUUCUCAUGGAAAAUAAUGCAGACCCUAACAUUCAAGACAAAGAGGGAAGGACAGCUUUGCAUUGGUCCUGUAACAAUGGAUACCUUGAUGCCAUUAAAUUACUGCUAGACUUUGCUGCUUUCCCUAAUCAGAUGGAAAACAAUGAAGAGAGAUACACACCCCUUGAUUAUGCUUUGCUUGGUGAGCGUCAUGAAGUGAUCCAAUACAUGUUGGAGCACGGUGCCCUGUCCAUUGCAGCCAUACAAGACAUCGCCGCCUUCAAAAUCCAAGCCGUCUACAAAGGGUACAAGGUCAGAAAAGCCUUCCGAGACCGGAAAAAUCUCCUCAUGAAGCAUGAACAGUUGAGAAAAGAUGCUGCUGCCAAAAAGCGAGAGGAAGAAAACAAACGAAAAGAGGCAGAACAGCAAAAAGGAAGGCGGAGCCCAGAUUCCUGCAGACCCCAGGCCCUUCCCUGUCUGACGAGCACCCAGGAUGCGCCCAGCAGGCAGAGCCGGGCCCCCAGCAAGCGGUCUCCUGCUGGCAAUGUGAGCCAGGGGCCUGAGCCAAGAGAUAGCAGAGGGUCCCCAGGAGGGUCUCUGGGCAGAGCCCUUCAGAAGGAGCAACAUGUUUCCUCAGAUUUGCAGGGAAUAAACUCCAGAAGGCCAAACGAAACAGCCAGAGAACAUUCUAAAGGCCAAUCUGCCUGUGUCCACCUCAGACCCAGUGAAGGCAAUGAUGGAAACAGGCAUCCAGGAGUUCCCUCUGUUGAGAAGUCCAGAGGUGAGACAGCUGGCGAUCAGCGGUGUACAAAGGGGAAAGGCUUCUUGAAGCAGCCCUCCUGUAUCAGGGUGGCUGGGCCUGAUGAGAAAGAAGACUCCAGGCGGGCAGCUGCAAGCCUUCCACUACAUGGUGGCCACUGGAAGCCCAGCAGGCGGCAUGAGACAGAACCCAAGGCCAAAUGUGCCCCCCAGAAAAGGCGCACUCAGGAGCUCAAAGGAGGAAGGUGCUCCCCGGCUGGUUCUAGCCGGCCUGGCAGUGCCCGGGGGGAGGUGGUCCAUGCUGGGCAGAAUCCUCCCCACCAUCGUACACCAAGAAACAAAGUGACACAAGCCAAGCUCGCAGGAGGGCUCUAUUCAGAUCUGCCACAGAGCACAGAGGAGUUGAGGUCAGGAGCCCAGAGGCUGGGGACAUCCACCCUGUCUGAGGACUUUCAGGAAUCUAAGGAGACUGAUCCAGCACCUGGUCCCCUCUCUGGGCAGAGUGUGAAUAUUGACCUUCUCCCUGUAGAACUCCGACUGCAGAUAAUUCAGAGAGAACGGAGGAGGAAAGAACUGUUUCGCAAAAAGAACAAGGCAGCAGCAGUUAUCCAGCGCGCCUGGCGAAGCUACCAGCUCAGGAAGCACCUGUCCCACCUUCAGCAUAUGAAGCAGCUUGGAGCUGGAGAUAUGGACAGAUGGAGGCGAGAAUGCACAGCGUUACUCCUCCAGGUUUGGAGGAAGGAACUGGAAGUAAAACUCCCCAAAACCACUGCAGUAAGCAAGGCCCCCAAGAGUCCAUUAAAGGGCACCACAGGCACAAAGUCCACCAAGCACUCACUGCUUAAGCAAAUCUACGGUUGUUCUCAAGAAGGGAAAAUACAUCAUCCCACAAGAUCUAUAAAAGCCCCUUCUGUGCUGCGUCUCAACUCAGUGAGCAACCUACAGUGUAUACAUCUCCUUGAGAACAGUGGAAGAUCAAAGAACUUUUCCUAUAACCUGCAAUCAGCUACUCUGCCAAAAAACAAAACCAAACCUCGAGUACCUAUGGAGGAAGACUGUGUUCAGGGGAUCUGGCAUAGCUAGUGCAGCAUUCGAAUUUCCUGCUGAUAAUCUUGUACACCUUGGGAAAACUUUAAUAUUCAUACCUGAAGGCAUAUUCACCUAAAAAUGUAUUAACUGAAAGAAAACGCCAGAAUGUUUCCUUUCUGCUAACACAGCAUUGUUUUGUCAAUCAUCAUAGCCUGCCUGGAAAUGACCAACAUAGACUACGUCUGUGCAAAGUCCCAGGCUGUCUGCUUUCACCUCAGGCUAUAUGGUUGGAAAUGAGAAUUAUAAUUAACCGUAAAAUCUAAGGAAAACUCAGGCUGCCAGCUAGCUCAUACUGAUUUCUUGGCUCAAGAGAUGAACCUAAAUGAGAUAGGAAGCCUGUCCCAUAGCAGCCUUCAUCUCACUUUCCUAGAAUCUAAUGCAACAAACUUACACACACACACACAUCACAUCCCACUGUUACUUCAAAAUUAAUCAGGUUUAAAUUUUAGAUCAGAAUCAUGCCUACUGUUUUUGCAUUUAGAAAUUAUCCAAAAAACCAUAGAUAUAUUCUGGUGAUUCCUUACAUUUUACAGUUACUCCAUUAGUCUCCCAAGGCCACAAGUUGCCGCCAUGUCUUCUCUAAAUGGCUUUCUCACUGCUGAACACCAACAGCCCUAUUACAGUAUCAAGGAUUCUGUCAGGUAGGGUUUACAGACCACACUGUUCAUGCAGCAAGGUGCCAACUGAGGCUUCAAUGUUCUACUUGUAUUUUCUGACCAACUUGAAGUGAGCAAUCUUCUUAAAAUGCCAUUCCUGUUGGCAGAGAAGAAUGUAACGGCACACAUCCUAGUGUUCUAAGAACACCUGGUUUAAAUAAAAUCCAGCAAUCUUGGGCUCUUUCACAUUGUUUAAGGGUAAAGCUGCUGUGGGAAUAUAGACAGUAGGCAUAAACAGUGAUUGAUAUAUAAGACUCACAAAUAUUUUGGGAGUUGCUUUCAUUUUCUUAAGAUCAGUGCCACUCGUGUGCUAACGAUAAAAGACAGGAGGCAAUGAAAUGUUCGCUUACUACCUUGAUUUUUAGUUUGCUAAUUAUUAUAUUCAUCAUUUUCGUGGUAGUGAAAACACAAAGAAUGAGGUCUGCUUAGAUGGGAUUACAUUUUUUAGUAAAUAACAGAAGGUACCACAGUAUCACUCUCUAUAUUGUAAAUAUUCAGCUCCUAUGAAAUGCAAAAUGCACAACCGCCUAUGACCAUGUAUCAUGUACUUGUCUAGGAAGCCAGCCUGCACAUCAGUAGGAACUCCCAAGCAUUAUUUUCCUACAUCAGUGCAAAGUAAGGUUCGUAAACUUCUUUAAAAGUUCAGCUUUAAUGACAAAGAUCUAUUACAUUAGUCUUUCUUCAAAAUAAGAUAGAUGUGAAUAAACAACUUCAAACAGGAGGUACCAUGGACUCUUCAAUACACCGUACUCAGUGCACUGGGCCCCUGGGGAUGCCCAGUGAUAUACACGUUGAAGCAGUAAUGUAAGUCUGUGAGCCACUGUUCCUGAACACUUCCACUCUUCAAUGUCUGGAGAGAAAAACAAGAGUAAUUUGACAAUUGUACCCAAAUCACUAUGCUACCUGACAGCAUUUUUAACACCCAAACACGAUUUCCCAGAGCUUUGGCAACUGUAUCCCCGUCUAUAAAUUACCAUAGGAAGAAGUCUUCCAGGAAACAGGGAACUAUUAAUCAGGCAUUAUCACAGGCAGUGAAAAUUCCUAGUAAUAUCCGCAAAUGCUAACGGUUUCUUGUUACAUCUGUUCCCUCCUGCACAUGCUAGAGACUAAUGAAAUGUCACCACCAACCAUCCUUUCACCCUUGCCUCCCUCUUGGCAUUCUGGUGUCUCCUGAUCUUUACACCAACACCAAAUGAGAAUAAUUCUACAGGGCCAACCAACAAUUUCUGUGAAUCUCUUCUUUACAAAGAUGGGCUGAUUCUCCAAUCUGGAAAUAAUCGAAGCUCUUGAUUUUCUUCCCUUCACUCUUUCCGAAUUAUUCCACUGCCACUUCUAUUACCUCUACAAAGGCUACUGAGAAAAUUCUAAUGAGCACCUGUAUUAUAUGCAUGUAAAAGCAUUAUUACUUCAAAGUAUCACUACAAAUCUCAAGGGAUAAUCUGCAAAUCACACUAUAUAAAACACCUUUUUAACCCCCACAAACUAAAAUCACCAAAGGAAUCCUAAACAUAAACAGAGCUGCCCCUGCCAAACAGACACAGCUGAAGGCAGAGAGCCAUCCAUUAGACAAAGCUGAAGUGUGCAACUUCUGAUUUUCUUACUUUCCAGUGAACUAAGUGACUAGAAAUUGGCCUGAAGCUUAUUCCUGCUAAAUAAUUUCCUUAAUGACAAUAUUUAUUGAGCACUUAAUAUAUGUCAGGUGUACUAAAAACUUUACUUGGGUUAUCUCCUUUAAUGAUCACCGAAACACAAUAAAGUUGGCAUUAUUUCCAUUUUUACAGAUGGGAAAAUAAGCUUGGAUAGGUAAGAAAGAAAAACCUUGCCAAGAUGUCUCGUUCUUUAAUAGAUUCUGUAUCAGAGUCUAGGUAGGGAUGACUCUGAUGCCCUUUUGGCACCUUCAUUCAGUUUGAUUAUUUUAAGACUUUUAUUACCGAUUCUGGAAUCAUAGACACACUCCCCGUUAAGUCACCAUCAGGUGCAGAACAGCAGGAGAGACCCUGAGAAAUUACCACAUUGGGCUUAAUUCCUAGACUCAAUGUAUGGAAUCUCUUCCCUCCUUCAAAACACACCCCCCUCCCGAGGUGGGUGGAUCACGAGGUCAAGAGAUCAAGAACAUCUUGGUCAACAAGGUAAAACCCUGUCUCUACUAAAAAUACAAAAAAAAUUAGCUGGGCAUGGUGAUGCACGCCUGUAGUCCCAGCUACUCGGGAGGCUGAGGCAGGAGAAUUGCUUGAACCCAGAAGGCAGAGGUUGCGGUGAGCCGAGAUCGUGCCAUUGCACUCCAGUCUGGGUAACAACAGUGAAACUCCGUCUCAAAAAAAAAAAAAACCCACCCACACCCCCUCAUGCCCCUGUCAAAAAUUCACUUUUAUGCUAAUAAUACAAAGCCUCUGGUACCAUGCUUCUUACCGUGAUAUUCUUGAUGAUCUGCUGCACCAAGAUCGCGUUGGUCAACAUAUGAGUCCUGAGGGGUGCAUGCUGAAGCAGCAGUCGAAGCAGCUGGCCCACAACAGGCAGCUCCUCCGGCCCAACUCUGUUCACCCGCAGGCUCUGCAGCAUCAACCUGAGUACUCGAGGCAAGAGAGCAAGGAUGGAGACACAGACCCCCCAUAGCUUGUCCCUACAAUGAGAGAGACAGAAAUGAGUCAGUGAGCAAAUGCCCACAGGAAAAGCCCCCUUUCUAUAUUCCCCCAAACUGAAAUGUCCUUUAAGAAAUAUGUUUUCCAAUAACAUUUAAGCUGAGAGCCAAAUCAAGAAUGCGAUCCCACUUACAAUAGACACACACAAAUACACAAAAUACCCAGGAAUACAUCUACCCAAGGAGGUGAAAGAUCUCUACAAGGAAAGCUACAGAACACUGCUGAGAGAAAUCACAGAUGACACAAAUAGAUGGAAAAACAUAUGGAUUGGAAGUAUCAGUACUGUUAAAAUGGCCACAAUGCUCAAAGCAAUCUACAGAUUCAACUGUAUUCCUAUCAAACUACCAACGUCAUUCUUCACAGAAUUAGGAAAAAAUAUUGCGAAAUUCAUAUGGAAUCAAAAGAGUCAGAAUAGCCAAAGCAAUCCUAAGCAAAAACCACCUCACUUCAAACUACACUACAAGGCUACAGUAUCCAAAACAGCAUGGUACUGGUAGAAAAAGACAGACCAACAGAACAGAAAAGAGAACUCGGAAAUAAAGCCCCAUAUACCUACAACUAUCUCAUCUUCAACUAAGGUAACAAAAACAAGCAAAAAGACAAGGACUCCUUAUUCAAAAAAUGGUGCUGGGACAACUGGCUAUACUUUUGCCAAUAAUGAAACUGGGUCCCUAUCUUUCAUCAUAUACAAAAAAUACCUCAAAUUAUAAAAAUCCUAGAAGAAAACCUAGGAAGUAUCAUUCUGGAUACAGGCCUUAGCAAAGAAUUCAUGAUUAAGUCAUCAAAAGCAACUGCAAAAAAAAAAAGACAAGUGGGUCCUAAUUAAACUCAAGAACAAGAAAAACUAUACAAAUUUCACUAGACAUGGGUGUUUUUCACUAACAUUCAAGCUAAGAGCCAAAUCAAGAACAAUAAACAUCAUUCACUUGGCAUCUUUAUAAAGCAAGAGCAAAAUGUUUAUGGCAGAGACAGGUGAACUUGCAGCUAGCUUAACCAUAUUCUGGAAGUGUUAAUUAGAUGGUGCAAUAUUCAUUUGGAUCUAGAGUCUACUGACUAUGAUAGGCUCUGACCUUUUGCAGCUUCUUUACCAGAAUCAUGUAACCCUCCUAGUUCCCAAAUCUUACUAAGAGAACCUGACUACCUCCAUGUCUAGAAGGACCAGCCCUUUCACCAUGUAACCAAUUUCCCUGACGCCACAUACGAUAAUUACAUCUAUGGUGAAUAAUCAAUCCAUUCUACUAGGCCAAACAGAUACUCUUAUGCAGAGCCCGGAUCAGACAGUCAUGUACGAGGAGAAAAGAGAAAGCCAAACUGCAGGCAUAGCUAACGCAAAGGCACAGAGAUACAGACUACAGAAACUAGAAGAAAAAUAGAGUAAGCUGCUUUGUCUCUUGCUAAAUUUCUUUUUUUUUUUUUUUUUUUUGCCAAUCAGUUUGAGCUUAUGAGGUUAGCCUUGAACUGAUGACCUCGCCUUCGCGAGCACCAUGACCUCCGGCAGGAGACACUUUGGAACCCUCUUGCUAAAUUUCUAAUUCCUAGCCCUUGAGUUUUACAAAUUACUCCUGUAAUAACUAAAUAUUUUCAUUUUCUAUUUCUGUGAAUGUGAGUGGAUUUCAAAUAACCACAGACCUAUAAAAAAAGACAGCAAAGCUCAAGGCCAGAUGGGUGAAACCACUAUGUGACAGAAACUAUAACAAAAUUAAUAUAAAGAUACCCAACAGUCAUACAGAACUGCAUGUGGGAUUUUAGGGCUAGGAUUUUCAACAGUCAACAGUACUGGAAGCUGAGGCUUCAGAAGCCAGGUAUGAAAGGCAGGGAGUUUGAACUAUGAUCCUUGCACAGAAGGAGAAGCCAGAAAAAUGCAAAUAUAAAACUAUCCUACAGGAAGUCUCUAUAAGCCUCCACAGAACUCCCACAAAAGACACACUUAGGGAAAAGGUAGGCAAUCCAAAAUAUAUAAGUCUGUUCAACUUGCUCCCUAACAUAAGGGAGAAUUCCCACACCAGAGAAAAAAGGAGCUAAUGGAACAGGAAGUUUAAAGAAGCAUCAACAAACCAAGAACAAGCAAGAAUGACAAAAUAACAAAUAAAAAUCCAAAAGAAAAUAAAACAAUAGUUGAUGAAAUAAAAUCUCAGUAGGAGGAUUAAGUAAAAGAAUUAGCAAAUUGAAAGAUUUUUAUGAGAUAAAGAAGACAGAAUAAAAAGCUCCCUAUGUUUAAAAGGAGUUUUUAGAAGAUCUCAGUAGGAGGAUUAAGUAAAAGAAUUAGCAAAUUGAAAGAUUUUUAUGAGAUAAAGAAGAGAGAAUAAAAAGCUCCCUAUGUUUAAAAGGAGUUUUUAGAAGAGAAUAGAACAAUGGGAGAAGAUGGUUCGAAAUUAACAACUUUCCAGACCUGAAAAAAAAAAAAUUUACAUCUAUUACAGAAGCACAAAACCUACACUUGGAAGCAUCCUGAUCUGCAACAGACCAGAGAUAAAGAGGAAACAGUAAAAAUGUAGAUUACUACCUGUAAGAUCACUGCCUACAAACCAAGAGGGCUCAGACUAACAACAGAUUUUUCAUGAGUAACACUGAGGCAAGCAGACAACAGAACAGUAUCUUCAAGGCACAGCAGACAGUACUAAAUAACUCGACUUGGUCAGACCUAACUUUCUGGCCAGCAUUUGUGAAAUCAAAGGCUCCUCAAUAUAUUAUUUGACCAGCAUUCUCAUCAGUUUAUAAUCUUAUAAACACCUUUUCCACUGGGGGAAAAGGGAAUUUCAGGUACACCUAAGACUUCGGCUGCCAACUGUGCCUGAUACCCUAAAAUAUGUACAAGGUCCUAGUAACAUCAACCUUUCCAAUACCCAGUAUAGAACACCUCUAAAACUGGGCAUUUUAAUCAGGCAACAAGUAUUAUGCACACUUAAUUUUGUUCGGUGCAGCCACAUGACGUCAAAGGAUGUUUCUCUAUAAGAGACUAUAACAGAUCUUUGAAACUGCAUCAAGUUGUUUUAGGGGCUAUACUUCAAGUGACAGGAAAUGACAAAUAGCAAUAUACACAUUUCCUAAGUGGGGAGUUUAUAAAAUCUCUAGAAUCCUGAGAAGUUCCUUGCUACUUACAAAGACUUUUCUUGAUCUGUCAGACCUAAAGUUUGAUGAUGUAUAAGAAAAAUAUCAAAUUUAUGUUAUGUAUAAAUUUUAUAGCAUAUUUAAAGUGGAAUAUACAUUUUUUUCCAUAUACACCUCUUUUACCAGAAAAAAUUUGAAUGCUGACAAUAAAAUGGCUUAAGUUAUG